AGGCGGCGGGCCGCGGCCUGAGCCUCCUGGGGUCCGCGCUGGGCGCCGCCGGCACCCGGCCCAGCCGACCGGCGGGCGCCCAGACAUGAGUGACUCCGCGGGAGAGGGCGCUCGCCUCCGGCGCUAUCCCGAGCUCCCGGUUUGGGUGGUGGAGGAUCACCAGGAGGUUCUGCCUUUUAUAUACCGAGCCAUAGGCUCAAAGCAUCUUCCUGCAAGUAAUAUAAGAUUUUUACAUUUUGACUCACAUCCAGACCUUCUUAUUCCUGUGAAUAUGCCAGCAGACACGGUAUUUGAUAAGGAAACACUCUUUGGAGAGUUAAGUAUUGAAAAUUGGAUUAUGCCUGCCGUUUAUGCUGGCCAUUUUUCUCAUGUAAUAUGGUUUCAUCCCACAUGGGCUCAGCAAAUGGCAGAAGGCAAACACCACUUUUUAGUAGGGAAAGACAUUUCUACCACAACAAUCAGGGUUACGAGUACAGAUCAUUACUUCCUAAGUGACGGACUCUAUGUCCCUGAAGACCAGCUAGAGAACCACAGGCCAUUACAGCUGGAUGUGAUUAUGGUGAAACCUGAUAGACUCUGUAACAACCAUGGUGGAAAGGCUGCAGAAUCUUCUGCCAAGAAGCCCAAGCUAGCCCUGGAAGACACAGAGAAUGCUGCCUCUUCAGACCGCGAUUGUCAGUCAGAAGAGCCAGGAAAGGACACAGCAACACAGAACGGCCAGUCUAGUCAAGAGCCGUCGUGUUCAUGUGUUUCUGAAAGUCAGCAUUGCCAAAGUACAGCGAGCACAGGGGACAUCCUGCAGAUCCUACAGCAAGGAGAUGCUUUUGUUUUAGAUAUUGACUUAGACUUUUUUUCUGUCAAGAAUCCCUUCAAAGAAAUGUUUACUCAGGAGGAGCACAAAAUAUUACAAGAACUUUACCAGUUUCAAAGGCCUGGGAAUAACCCCACUAAGGAUGAUUUAGCAGAUAUUGUUGAUACUCGAAUUCAUCAAUUAGAAGAUUUAGAAGCAGCUUUUGCUGAUUUGUGUGAUGGUGAUGAUGAAGAAACUGUCCGAAGAUGGGCUUCAAACCCUGGAAUGGAAACACUACUUCCACUUGUACAGAGUUUGAAAAAACGGAUGGAAGUGCCAGACUAUGAGAUGGUUCACCAAGCUGGUCUAACCUGCGAUUACUCAGAACUUCCUCACCACAUCAGCACUGAACAAGAAAUCGAGUGUCUUGUUCAAUCUGUCUAUCACCUACUGAAAGAUCUACCCAAGCCUACCCUUGUGACGAUCGCAAGGUCAAGUCUGGAUGAGUACUGUCCUUCGGAACAAGUUGACAGCAUCCAGGAGAAGGUCCUUGGCAUGCUGCGCUCCCUCUAUGGGACUCUGGACACUCAUCUGGUAUACUUGGCAGAGUCUGCGCCAUCUUGAAACGUCCAGAACUCUAGCUUCCAUUUUAGUUAUAUAAAGUAACGGGGUGUUCAUUGUUGCAAAUGAGUCUUCCAGAGAACACUUUUUACUAUAACUUUCGGUUGAAAUCUUUCAGCUACUUUGAACCUCUAAACAAAUAUUAUCAGUGUUUGAAUGAUGGCAGGUUUCUUCGGUGAGGGGAAAGGGGAUUACUACUGCCCCAAUUAAUGGAAAUAUUCCUUAUCUAUCAUCCUCUUUCUUUUUGUAAGAGUUAUUUUUCCUCUUCCCCACCUCCUAGGCAAAAUGGACUUAAUGAGAUGUAUUUAUUUAUUUGUUUGUUCAACUCGUGGAUAUUUUAUUAAGAACUACCUAUACUAAGGAACAGAAUACACAAGCCCCCGGCCCUGACGGGGAGGCAGAUGAGAAGGAAAUCAUGGGCUGUUAGCAGUAUUGCAAAGGAGGAAAAGACAACCAUAAAUAUGUCUUAGGUUCUUAGAGGCAUCAUAGGAAAGGAAAGUUCUCAAAAGCUAGUGCCAAAAAAACAAAACCUUACCAAUCCAUGAAAAUAAUAGAGGGAGUCUGCAUCCCCCCCAGAGCUAUUGGGAUUAUGGUCUGUUAGCACUUACGGUCCAGCAUGGUGUUUAUUAAACAGGCUCACUGAGCAGACUUGGCCAUACAAGACUUCCCUUCUUUUGUGUUUUCUCUUUUUAACUAAUCAGGGGUCUGUGCCUCUAGGGGUCAUUGUAGACAUCAGUUGUCACACUAGCUUCUGCAUGCCGUUUUGUGGCAGUCCAGGUUGACAGUUUUUCUCAGAUAAAGCGAUUUUUUUUUUAUGAAAAAGUAGGUUAAAAAGUUACACUUCUAAUUCUGGCCUGCCAUACACA